GUAAGGGUUUAGCUGGCUGGAUGUGGGGAUUUUCUGGCUCAAUUGGAUGGAAGCAGGGACGUUGCAGGACAAAAUAACCAUGGAUACAGCGUUCGGUCACAAUUAGACGCAGCGGUGCCCCCCCGUUGACAUUAUUCGACGUUAAAUCUCGGCAAAAAAACAAACCGAUCGGUCUCUCCGUGCGCACGACCGGACCGGGCUGCUACAGCGGUGAGGACGCUAGCUGUCAGGCGGCGGCGUUAGCCACAUCACGGUAGCGUCGGUGUGAGCGAGCAGACAUUUCCCGGCCGCCGUGGGCUAGGAAGCCGCGCUGUCAGAAACGCGUUGAGCUGCGAGCGUGAUGCGACCUUUGUGUGUUUGUGUUUGGCGCUGUCUUGCAGAGAUUUCACGAUGGCAGACAGCAUCAUGAGCAAAGCCGCCACCAUGGAGAUCCCCAUCAACAGCAACGGAGACACGGGCGCCCUGGCGGAGGACGACAGCCUGGAGCAGGAUUUGCAGCAAGUGAUGGUGUCUGGACCCAACCUGAAUGAAACCAGCAUCGUCUCAGGAGGGUAUGGAGGACCUGCAGGGGGCAUCAUUCCAACCAGCACCAUCAAAGGGCCUGCGAUUUGCAUCAACCCUGAGUAUCUGGACAGAAGACGAGCCCCUGCACCAGUACCAGACAUUCGCAUGAAAUCCAGAGGUGUUAGCUUGUCUAACAGCCAGUCUGCAGCCAGUCGACUUGCACAGUGCACACAUCAGCCUCCAGGGUCCUCAAACCAUAACGCUAGUAGUUCAACCGAAGAAGUUACUCGUGGAGUAGCAGUGGAAAAAUUGGACAGUGUGAAGAAAUGGGGCAUAAACACAUACAAGUGUACCAAACAGAUGUUCUCAGAGAGGUUCGGGAGAGGCUCGAGAACGGUGGACCUGGAACUGGAGGCUCAGAUUGAUGUGUUACGAGAUACCAAGAGCAAGUACGAGAACAUCCUCCGACUGGCAACUGCACUCAUCAGUCAUUUUCAAAACAUGGUGCAGACACAACAGGCUCUAGGAGACACUUUCACCGACCUCAGCCAGAAGUCCCCAGAGUUGCAAGAUGAAUUUGGGUAUAAUGCAGAAACUCAAAAGCUGCUGUGUAAGAACGGCGAGGCUCUGCUCAGUGCCAUCAACUUCUUUGUGUCCAGUGUCAACACACUGGUCAACAAAACCAUGGAGGACACUCUGAUGACUAUUAAACAGUAUGAAAAUGCAAGGCUCGAGUUCGAUGCCUACCGUUCUGACCUGGAGGAGAUGAGUCUAGGCCCGAGGGACGCUGCUGCGAUGGUCCGCAUCGAGAUGGCUCAGCAGGAGUACCAGGUGCACAGAGACAAGUACGAACGGCUGCGUAGCGACGUCACCAUCAAGCUCAAAUUCCUGGAGGAAAACAAGGUGAAGGUGAUGCACAAGCAGCUUCUUCUCUUCCAUAACGCAAUCUCAGCUUAUUUUGCUGGCAACCAGCAGCAGCUGGAACAAACUCUAAUACAGUUCAAUGUCAAACUAAAGCCCCCGGGAUCUGACAAGCCGUCCUGGCUGGAGGAGCAGUGAGCAGCGCUCAGGGUUGUGCUGCUUGAGAUGUGCAUCAUAGCGACACUCUGGUCAGUGAGCAACACGGCGUUGUGGUUAGAUGGACGGGAGUCGAACCUAUUAAGGGAUAAGUGGUAGGAUACGUAGCGACCAGUGAUGGAGAAAAACACAAGAUUACUUUUGUAAUGUUUUUCAAUGUCACUUAUCUUAAAUAGAUAGAACAAUGAUUUCAGCUAUAUUUAGAGUGUUUUUGUCACAGAUGACCUCUUGUUACUUUCUUAUUCUUUAGGUAGCACAAUCGUUUAUCACUUUUUAUUUCUGUACAGUGUAGUCUACCGUGGUGUAGCCCCCCCUCUUGGCAGUUUUGCACACGCAUUAUUUUGAUGUUUUUUAUGUCUAAAAUGUUCAUAUUUUUUGUUUCAGCUGGUAGGAAUUUAACAAGCUGCAUCAGGAGGUUGACAGGACAGUGUCAGACGCUCUCUAAAACAUAAAACAUGUGAACUGGUGUUUGUUGUCAUGAGUUUGCAUGACUAAAUACUUCAAGGUCGUUUCACAGGUACAAUGCAAAGUCAUCAGGAUAAAAACAGUUUAUCCUGCAAAGUUUCUAGUAUUGUUUUGUGGAAUGCCUGCCUGAAUCUGUUUACAGUCCAGGAAACAUGCACAGCGACUAUAUAGAUUUUUCUAAUCUAACAUACAAUCAAUACUUAAUCGGACCUCUUCGAUUUUUGGUACUUGGCGAAAUGUUUAUAUGAAUCCAUCAUAAAUCCAUAAAUAUGUCUCUUUUUAAUCUAAUAUUCACGCACCAAAAGGCCACAAUCGCAUAUGUACUGUAACACAAUGCAAAAAAGACAUCAAUUAAUAAUUAUUAAAUCCUUAAAUUAUGAAAUGCAACUAUCAUAAAAAUGCCCUAAUGCAAACAUGACUCGCAGCCUGUGUGUGACCGUGUAAAUAGGGCAGCAGGGUCCAAAAAGCUGAACAGUUUGAGAGACUUUUAAAGGUUCUGAAUACAUGUAAUGCCACAUUUACAGUAUCGUACUUUGAGAUACACUCCAGGUGUAAGUGUUUCUUAAAGGACAGAAUGUAUAAGGACCGUGUCGUUAUUCAGUGUUAUUUCUGUACUGAUCUGUAACAUAGCAUUACGUGUUCCUCCCUCGUCUCGGUCACUUCUGCUGGAUGCUUGCUUUCACCCAGCUGCUGUCAGCUGACGUGGAAAGUCUUCGCAGACUCUGUACAGAAAAGUCACAGUAUAUGUAAUAUGUAUGUACAUGACAAUACAGUCUGAUAUAUCUCUA